UCAGAGCCCUGCUUAAUCACCCGAAUUGCAUCAAUACUCAAGCAUCUAAAUUUACGAAAGAUGAUGUAGAAGCACUGAGAGUGAGAUUUCAGCCAGCAUCCGAAGACCACGUUAUUCCUAACGAGAAAGUCGAGGAAUUUCCAGAACAGUACGUUUGCCCCAGAAUAAACAGAAAUAUGCUCGGUAAUUCAGAAUUCAAAGGAAUAUCUGAAUCUAGAACUGACGUGUUGGUCGAUAAUUUGCUUGAUAUUUCCGGGCUGGACGAGUGGCCCUUGAAUAUAUCAGCUCAACCACAAAGCAAACUAUAUAUCUUAAAUGAGCCUUGUGUUUCGGCAACUCCUGAAUUUGUGAUUAAUAAAGAAACAAUAUCUAUGGUUAUUGCAGAAGAUAAAAGCUUAAAAAACGUAAGCCCUAGAAACGAUUUUGGAGAAAUGCAAAUUGCUGGUGAAAUACUUGCUUGCGGAGAUGAAAACAUACGCGAAACUGGUGAACUUUUUGAUCAGCUUGAUGUGGGCUUACCAAAAAAAUAUUCAGUUGCAAUAAAAAGAUGGCCGGGAGAGAAUAAGAAGCGAAGUGGUCUUGAUCUUGCAGACCCAGAUGGAAGGAAAACAGUAUUAAUUGCAUUGACCAAAAUUCGUCAAUUUCUUUUGAAGUAG